AUGCUUUUCUUUCAGUGCAUUGGUGCAAUUCGCUCAGAACGCAUUGCCGGGCAGAGCUCCACUGGAGCCGCCGACAUUGAUCAAGUUCAUAAGCAAGCCAAAGAGUACAGUGGUACAUUGGCUAUUCUGAAUAAGUUCCCACCAACUCAUUUCACUCUUGAGAGCUGGACUUCAGCUCUUUCCCCAACUCGAACCCAGCGAAGGGAUAGCCAGAUGUGCUCGUCAUCGCGGGUGACUCCCUUGCCUCUGAAGUCUGCGUGCUCGCCUCCCGUAUUCCCCUUCUUCCGCAAUGCAGGCUCCCCAGCUCCUGCCUUCUUACGCACGCUUCACCCUCUACUACCACCGCUUCAUGCAAAUUCUUUCGAGCUGUUAGAUUCCGAAUUAGAGAAAGUCGACUCUUUUUAUUCCGAACGAGAGAAGGAAAUGCGAGACCGCGGCAGGCUGCUCAAAGAGCAUCUUAAUGAACUUGGGCAACGUCGCAAGAAGUACUACGCCAGUCUACUGUUCAGCAACAUCCUCCGGGGUCAUUCGCGACGGUGGCUUAUCAAGAGCGCUGCAAGACUAGGUGUUAGCGGUUUGUGGGGCGCGUCGGAAUUUCUGGCUCAGACGUUUAGUUUGAUGCCAAGAGGCGCAGUCCUUUAUUCUGCAUAUGACCCUACGCUUCAAAAAGCGCGGUCGACUUGUGGAGCGCGAGUGAAUUGGGGCUCUUACUUUGCACUGGCUACGCUACCGUUCCUAGGCCUGCAAGUACGGGAUGGGUAUAGUGUACUACUUCUGUUAAGUAUUACCUUUGGAGACGCGACGCUGUCUAUUCACUAUGUGGGCGUGCAUGGGACUUCGCAAUGGAUUGGUCUAUCCGAGUCUGCAAACCCCGCGCUAAACAUCCAAUAUCCCCUCCUCAGGCGAGGCUUGGUGCACACAUCGCAGAUUCCGCUGCACUAUGUUGCUCUGACGAAUUAUGAUUCAAAUACUGCAUCAUGUCUCGUUUCACUCCUCUCAAAAACGUGCCUAGGGCCCGAACCUUCAUCCAACUCAAACGUGCUCGCCAAUGCACCGUCCGUGGUAGGCGUGCUUUACAAGCUUCUGGCAUAG